CCGAGCCUGUGAGGGGGACCCUGGCGAUGGACACCGCCCGCGACUACGCCGGAACCCUCCUCAGGCCCCUGACGUUUAUGGGAUCACAGACCAAGAGAGUCCUACUAACUCCCCUCAUGCACUCGGCUCGCCCGUUCCGGGUCUCCAGCCAUGACAGAAGCAGCCGGCGAGGGGUGAUGGCCAGCAGUCUGAAGGAGCUCCUCAGCAAGACGCUGGAAGCCUUAGUUAUCACCAGCGGACUAGUCAGUUUGGUGCUGGAAGAAGACGGAACCGUGGUGGAUACGGAAGAGUUCUUUCAGACCUUAGAAGACAACACACAUUUCAUGAUCUUGGAGAAAGGGCAGAAGUGGACACCGGGUGGCAACUACAUCUCAGCUCUCCAGCAGCCAAAGAAGGCGGGAAUAGCAAGAGUCACCUUCGACUUGUACAAGCUGAACCCCAAGGACGUCAUUGGUUGCCUCAACGUGAAGGCCACCAUGUAUGAGAUGUACUCGGUGUCCUACGACAUCCGGUGUACGGGAGUCAAGGCCCUGCUGAGGAGCCUGCUGCGCUUCCUGUCCCACGCCGCCCAGGUGACGGGACAGUUGCUCAUCUACACCGGCUCGUACAUGCUCCAACUGCUGGGUGAUACAGAAGAGCAGGCUCCUCGCAGGUCACCCUCCAGACGGGGGGUCAUGUGCGGAUAAGGAGGCAAGCUGCAGGGACCCCGGCGGCUCUUGACCCAAACAUUCCCUCCUGAUUGAUGAUUUUAAAGAUGCUUAUGUUCUAAACCACAUGCAUUUGUACACUGCGGGUCACCUGGGCUCGGGGGUGGCACCCAGGGGAAGGAGAAGGAGUUGACGGCCAUGAGAUGGGGCUGCACAGUGGGAUGCCCCGGAGGGAGGAGAAGUGUAGGGGCCUCUGAUGGGGGAGGGGAGGUGGCUCUGGAGCAACACAAACAUGCAUGAGGCCCUUCAGCUCCUCACCUCCUGCAAUAAACCAAUCACCAGAGCUACUUUUCAUGUGGGUA